CCUGUUUUCUGACACUUGGACAUUUUUCAAGGGACGUUGCUUAAGUCUUCCCCCCCAGGUCUUCCUGCAGAGCCGGUAAUCACAGAGGCGAGGCUCGAAGUUGCUUAAAGAAAAUACCUCCAGGGAGCGUGGGGCUCGGUCGGACGCUUCUGCCAGAGGGAGCGAGGAAUUAAAUAGAUGCCGCGGCCCCAGAAGGCUUAGACGUCGGGAAAGAGCAGCCGGAGAGGCCGGAGCGGCAGGGGCGGCGGCGGCUGGCGCUCGGCGCAGCUUUUGGGACCCCAUUGGGGGAAUUUGAUCCAGGGAAACUGUGAGAUUGCCGGGGGAGGAGAAGCUCUCAUAUCAUUGUGUCCACUUCCAGGGGGGGAGGAGGAGACGGCGGAGCGGGCCUCUCGGCGUUCUCCGCACUGCUGCACCCUGCCCCAUCCUGCCGAGAUCAUGGUCUCCGGCAGCCGGGGCGGGAUGCUGCCGCUGCCGGCCGGGCUACUCGCCCUGGCUGCGCUCUGCCUGCUCCGCGCGCCCGGAGCUCGGGCGGCCGCCUGUGAGCCGGUCCGCAUCCCCCUGUGCAAGUCCUUGCCCUGGAACAUGACUAAGAUGCCCAACCACCUGCACCACAGCACCCAGGCCAACGCCAUCCUGGCCAUCGAGCAGUUCGAGGGUCUGCUGGGCACCCACUGCAGCCCGGAUCUGCUCUUCUUCCUCUGUGCUAUGUACGCGCCCAUCUGCACCAUUGACUUCCAGCACGAGCCCAUCAAGCCCUGCAAGUCUGUGUGCGAGCGGGCCCGGCAGGGCUGCGAGCCCAUCCUCAUCAAGUACCGCCACUCGUGGCCGGAAAGCCUGGCCUGCGAGGAGCUGCCCGUUUAUGACCGCGGCGUGUGCAUCUCUCCGGAGGCCAUCGUCACUGCCGACGGAGCCGAUUUUCCUAUGGAUUCUAGUAAUGGAAACUGUAGAGGAGCAAGCAGUGAACGCUGCAAAUGUAAACCAGUCAGAGCUACACAGAAGACCUAUUUCCGAAACAAUUACAACUACGUCAUUCGGGCUAAAGUUAAAGAAGUAAAGACUAAGUGCCAUGAUGUGACUGCAGUCGUGGAGGUGAAGGAGAUUUUAAAGGCGUCUCUGGUAAACAUUCCAAGGGAAACUGUGAACCUUUAUACCAGCUCUGGCUGCCUGUGUCCGCCACUUAACGUUAAUGAGGAGUAUCUCAUCAUGGGCUAUGAAGAUGAAGAGCGCUCCAGAUUACUGUUGGUGGAAGGUUCUAUUGCUGAGAAAUGGAAGGAUCGACUUGGUAAAAAAGUUAAGCGCUGGGAUAUGAAGCUCCGUCAUCUUGGACUGAAUAAAAGUGAUUCUAGCCAUAGUGAUUCCACUCAGAGUCAGAAGCCUGGCAGGAACUCUAACUCCCGGCAAGCGCGCACCUAAAUCCUGAAGUGCAGAAACUCCUCAGUGGACUUCCUAUUAAGACUUGCAUUGCUGGACUAGCAAAGGAAAAUUGCACUAUUGCACGUCAUAGUCUAUUUUUUAACCACAAAAAUCAGGUGGUAACUGAUAUUACUUCUAUUUUUUCUUUUGUUUUCUGCUUUUCUCCUUCCCCCAUUCCCUUUUAUGUGGUCUGAGUACAGAUCCUUAAAUAUAUUAUAUGUAUUCUAUUUCACUAAUCAUGGGAAAACUGUUCUUUGCAAUAAUAAUAAAUUAAACAUGUUGAUACCAGGGCCUCUUUGCUGGAGUAAAUGUUAAUUUGCUGUUCUGCACCCAGAUUGGGAAUGCAAUAUUGGAUGCAAAGAGAGAUUUCUGGUAUACAGAGAAAGAUAGAUAGGCUGUAAAGCAUACUUUGCUGAUCUAAUUACAGCCUCAUUUUUGCAUGCUUUUUGGCAUUCUCAUCACGCUUAGAAAGUUCUAAAUGUUUAUAAAGGUAAAACGGCAGUUUGAAAUCAAAUGCCAACAGGCAAAGCAAUCAAGCUCCAGGAAGCAUUUAUGAGGAAAUGACACAUGAGAUGAAUUAUUUGCAAGAUUGGCAGGAAGCAAAAUAAAUAGCUUUAGGAGCUGGGGAUAGAGUAUUUUGCCUGACUGAGAAGCACAACUGAAACUAGUAGUUGUUGGGAUGUUAGCAGCAGCAUUUUUCUUUUGGCAAUACAUUUGAUUUGUUUGUGAAUAUAUUAAUCAGCAUUAGAGCAAUGGAUUGUAACCAGACAUCAGCUGUUAUCAGCAUAGCUCUGUUUAAUUUGCUUCCUUUUAGAUGAACCUACUGGUGGUCUUUUUUUCUUCUUUUAAAAUAAAUCUCCCUUGCUGCAUUUGACCAGGAAAAGAAAGCAUAUAUGCAUGUGCACCAGACUGUUAUUUUUAAGAUACGUAGCUCUAUAAAAUGCUAUAGUCAAAAGAUGGUAAAAUGUGCAAGAUUCUGGGUGUGUGUAUCCGUGUGUGUGUGUCCCUAUACACUCACACUCAAGCUGAACUGAACGACAGGCCUGCGCACUGGCCUGCACUUUAUCAUUUGGAUUUGUGCUGUUUAAUGCUCAGUAAAAUAUGCUUAAUAAAAGGAAUUAUGGUUGGCAGGA